AUGACAUUCUCUUCAGUAAUCCCUUACAUAUUCACUUACUUUUUACUAUUCACUUACUUUUUACUUGAGCGUCGGAGUGCCUUUGCAGAUUCCAUCUCUCGCUUUCAAGAACUCGCCAAGCAGUUUGAAGAUCAGUUUGCUACUUUCUUAAUCUACCUCCACGAUUCCGAAUAUCUAAACACUAUAAAGCAAGGACAACACGAAAGCUUGAAAGAUUACAUCACUCGUUUCAACAAGGUCGUGAUGAGCAUUCCAGAUCUCCACCCAGAAGUACACCUACACGCCAUAAAAAGCAGCCUCCGUCCUAAAAAGUUUCAGAAAACCAUCACAAUAGCGAAGCCGAAAACCCUAGAUGAAUUUUGCGAGAAGGCCAAGGGCCAAAUGGAAAUUGAGGAAUUAAGGCAAGCACAGAAAUUGGAGAGAACAUCGUACGGUAAAGAGGAGGACAAAGGCCGGGAUAGCAAGAAGACUUCCCGAUUAGUAUCACGUUAUAAAUCCUAUACACAAUUCAAUGCCAAACGAGAAGACAUCAUCAAGGAAAUACUGAACUCAAAGUUAAUUAAACCUCCUUGGAAAGCGGGCUCUUAUCAGGAUAUAAAGAAUGUUGAUAAAUUAAAAUACUGUGCCUUCCACCAGAAAUACGGGCAAACCACCGAUAAAUGUGUCAUCGCCAAAGACCUACUUGAGCGAUUAGCUUGGCAUGGCCAUUUAGACAAAUACAUCGGUGGUCAUAUUGAUGAGUCCAUAUUUUUCGAUGUAUUUUGGCUUGAUUGGGAUGGAUUGUAG